AGCUGAUCCGUGGCUCAGCGAUUUCAGUCCGCGACCACGAGUCCGCCCAUGUCGGCUUCCCAAGUCCCCAUGUUUCUGGAUGCUGUGAAUGCUGAGAUCAAGGUUCUGAACACCUUCCUGCAUGUGAGCUCCAAGCCUGUCGUCCAAACCAGCUUCUCAGAGCCUUUGCCGAUUUUGCCACACUUCUCGGAGGAGGAGGAGGAGGUGAUGCCAUGGAGGACCCACGACUCCUAUGAGGAGGAGGGUCCUUUCGUGGCCAAAGUCUCUACUCUGGAGUAUUUUGAGCAGGUCUCCACCUUCAAUGCGGCUCCCUUUGAGAGAGGGACUGAUGGAAUGGAGCCAGUGAUGAAGAAGAUCUCGACCUUCGACUUCUUCGAUGCUCCACUUACGCCCUACGCCAACACGACUCCCCUUCCCAUGCACUGCGCGCCGAAAGGGUUCCCAGUGGAAAUCCCUGUGGCGAAAGUGGAGUCGGAGGCGGUGGACAAGAUCUCAACCUAUGACUUCUUUGAUGCGCCCCUCACGGAGCCCAUGCACUGCUCCGGCUGUGGUUUGGAGUUGACCGUGCGGAAGGUGGACUCCGAACCACCGGUGGAGAGCGUGUCCACCUUUGACUCCUUCGAAGGGAAUGGUCCCUCCCUUGAUGAGCCGGCAAUGGUGAACGUCUCCACCUUCGACUUCUUUGAAGAUGCUCCAGCGCUCCUUCCCUUGCCUUUGCCCUAUGGCUUGCCCCUAGUGCCUUGCGCCGAGCUGUCCACCAUCUCCAGCACUCCCGAGGGGCCCAGCCCCCACGGAGAACGCGAACGCGCGGAGCUGACCGUGCCCGAGAAACGCUCCAAUGCACCCUUGCAGCUGCAGGGUCCUGAGGGGAAGGAGCAGAUCCACUGGAAAGUAGAUGCUCGGAAGUUGGAGUCCCAGGAGAAGCAGAUCUUAUCGCCAGAGUUUGAGCUCACCCUGCCUGGCGUGGGCCCCACGCCCUUCCGAUUGAUGAUCUUGGCGAAGGAGACCCGAGGUAAAGGAUGCCGCGGGUUCUUGAAGGCGAAGGGCCGUGGGCGACUCUUCCUGAAGCAUGGAGCUCAGAGGGGG